AUGAAGUUCUUUGCCACUGCGUUCUUCCUCGCUGUCACCGCCGUGGCUCUGCCCCAGCCUGGAGGCGACGGAAACAUCUUCCCCGUCAAGAAGGACAUGACUCUGAGCCAGGCUCAGGCCAAGUGUGGCAACGACGCGAAGGUCAGCUGCUGCAACAAGUCUACCUACACCCACGACAUCAACACCACCAACUCUGGUCUUCUGGCCGGUGUUCUGCAGUCCGCCCUUGGUGGCGGACCCGGCGGCGACGGCCUGGGCCUUUUCGGCCAGUGCAAUGAUCUCAGCCUGAACGUUCCCGUUGUCGACCUCGUUGAGGGAGGUCUCCAAAACCUGGUUAAUCAGAAGUGCAAGCAGAACAUUGCUUGCUGCCAGAACACAGGCUCGAACGCUAACGGUGACCUAAUUGGUGUUGCUAUUCCCUGUGUCGCGCUGGGCUCCCUUCUGUAA